AUGGUUCCCCAUGGACUAGGCAGAACUGGGGGUGGCUCGGGAAAGAAGGACGAUCUCCCAAACACUCCGACUUUUCUCCCUCAUCCAACCAUCCUCAUCAAAUCUGCCAUUAGAGGAACGAAGACUCUAUCGCACAGAUCCUCAGCUGGCGAUCUUGCUUUGCCAAUCAAGCCGUCUGGCCUUGAUCAGGUUUUGAAGCUCAUCCACCCUCGUACCUCGAAACUAUCAAAGGCUAAGCUCAGAAUUGCACCUUCCGGAGCUAUCGUCUUCGCCCCUGUGCAGUCUCAGGAGUCCUUAGGGUCCUCGACAUUACCAGCUGAGAUUCCGGCCGUACAACCUACAGACUUGAGUACCACAAGACCUCAUUCAACGCCUGUGCCAAACCAGCGCAUUCCAGGCAUAGCCAGCUCGCUACGAUCAAGCUCAUUCGAAUCCGUUCGAACCUUGCAGUCAAGCGUCCCGCGAAUUCGCACAACCGAGUAUGAAAGGCAACGUAGAAACAAUUUUCUAGGCCGCCAUCCACCACCAACCCAACGUAGAUCGGCUUCUCUACCACGAAUUCUCGAAAAUCAGCCUCCUACACAAUCCUCACCGCGUCAGGGUUUGUUCCUCGGCGGUCCCACGAACCGCCCACGUCCUGGCUACACUAAAAUACCUCGUUUCGUUCCUUUGGAAAUUCGCCUGAAUCUUUCUGUCGCAAUGGAAAACAAUCCUGCUUGUGUUGUCUGUGAUCAGGCUCACGAUGCCGAAGGGCUUGAAGUCGUGCAGUGCAACGACUGUGGCCAGCGCUUUAGCUUGGACUCUUCCCGCUCGACUCGCGGUGGCUCUGAGGUGCCUACUCUUAAGAUCAACCUUCUGGACGACAAAGGAGCCCUUCCCAUGUCGGAUAGCAAGGGCGUCCUACAGGCCGUUGGGAACAAGCUCAAGUCAGUAUUUGGUAAGGGAAAAGAGAACCAGGGACACAACAUUGAGAAAGCCGCCUCUAAAGACGCACGGGGAUAA